AUGUCUCAGCCAAUUGUAACCACGCACGCUCGGCCGACGCCCGAGCUCUUAUCUCUCCUCUCUGGUCACCUGCCGCACUCGCUGCCGCUGCUCCGUCGCCUGCAAUUUGCCCACAACAACCCGGCCGGCGCAUCAGAGUACAGCCGGAUCCUGUCUGUCGGCGACGAGUCCGCCUUUGCCGCCGCCUACGUCGAUGUGUCCCGUGGCCCCGAAACCGAGGUCUGGCUAUACUCGUCGCUAGAGCACCAAGAUGGACGGCAGAUGACAAACGAUAGCAGCAGCAACAAUCAAGACCAUGACGACGACGACGACAUUCAAGGCCGACACCUUGUCGCGCUGCUGCAGGCCGUCCGGGCCCAGCGGGACGCGUACACGGCGGCGGGCCACGGCCCACCGCGCAAACAAGGUCCCGUCCUGUUUGGGACGCUCGCCGAGCCGGUCCGGCACAGGCUGCUCGACCUCGGGGCCCGUUCCACCUACGUGACCGUCUGGGACAAGUGGCAUUUCCGCCUCGAGGGCCUCCCCCGCGGCGCUGUGGCCCGCGCCGAGGAACACAUGGCCCGCGACGACAUGUCCUGGGCCACGGUGGACUCUCGCGAGGAUACGGCGGUGGUUCUUGGUCGGACCAAGAUUCCUAGGUCCGAGCGAACACUCAUGUCACUUCCAUCGACGGCCAUCAAGUUGAAAGACGGCACGCCUAUUGCGUGGGCUUUUCUGAGUUGUGAUGGUUCGCUCGCCAGUCUGCACUGCGAAGAGCCGUAUCGCGGUCGCGGCUUUGCCAAAGCAGUCGCUGUCAAGCUCAUGCAGGACCACCUCAAGGACUUUGGAGACGAUGGGUAUUGCGCAGCCGACGUGGCCCCUGACAAUGCACAAUCUCAAGGUGUCUGCAGGAGUCUGGGUGGAAAGGUAGCCCGGACUGUAACUUGGAACAGGAUAGAUUUGGACAGACUGCCCAAUCGUCCAUGA